CCGAUGGGUAUCUUCAACGCCCCCGCGACCUUUCAACGAACCAUGAACAUGGCUUUUCAGAACUUCGUGCGGAAGACUCGUUUGGCACAGAGCAUCAUCAACUACUGCGUGAUUGUGUACAUGGAUGACAUCUUGGUGUACUCGAGUUCCUACGAGGGACACGUGCAGGACAUCGAAUGGGCCCUGCACGCGUUACGAGAUGCGGGUUUCAAAGUGGCGCUUGAGAAAUGUCAGUUUUUUCUCACCACCAUUUCCUUCUUGGGACACGUGGUGACAGACAAGGGACUCCAACCGGAGCCGCAGAAGGUAGUUGCUGUCAGGGAUGCGCCGAUGCCUACGACUAUCACGCAAGUUCGUGCCUUUCUGGGUCUGGCCUCGUACUAUCGAAGGUUUAUCAAGGGCUUCGCGGCGAUUGCGGGACCCCUCACAAAUCUGCUGCGCAAAGAUCAGCGGUUGAUCUGGACGCCGGAGUGCGAUCAAGCGUUUUCCAAACUCAAGGCCGCUCUCAUUUCGGCUCCGGUCCUUAUAAGACUGGAUCCCGAAAAACCUUUUGUUCUCAUCACUGACUGGCAGCCAGAAGCGAUUUCAGCGAUCCUUGCCCAGGUGGGACCAAGCGGACUCGAGAAUGUGGUGGAGUAUGCAUCCAAGUCGGUACCUGCCUGCAAGCGCAACUACGCCGCUCCAACGGGAGAAUGCUACGCGGCUCUCUGGGGAAUCAGUCAUUUUCGUGCUUACUUGUACGGGCGAAAGUUCACCUUGGUAACCGAUCAUUAGCCCCUGUUGGCUCUGCAGAAAUCGAAGGAUUACUCGGGCAUGAUCGGGCGAUGGGCAAUUGUGCUACAGAGCAUGGACUUUGACAUUCGUCAUUGGAAGCACGAGAGACACGGGAAUGCGGACGGAAUGACACGAUUGCACCGGCCUGAGAAAGUUCCGAAGAGUGAGGAGGUGAUUCCGUGGAACGAACCCGAACAGGAGAUCGGACCUCGGUACGGACAAGUGGAGAUCUUAUCAAAGCAGUAAGCGACACGAGGACUAAUUUGUCUGUUCUACCCUCUCUGCAAUACAGUCCCAACCCUUCCUCCUCUGUCAUCAUGACUACCCCACCUGCCUUCGCAACCCCUUCAUCUCCUAUUAAUUCUGCCCCUCUCACGUCCUCAGCUUUCUUUGCCACCCCCCCCGAUAAAUUCUGCUAUUUAUG